AAGCCACUCUCCGCGGCACUCUCCUACGUUCAGCAUUUAACCCACUUCAAUCUGGAUAAAUUCAGUUUUUCUGACGAGUUGAAGAUGAAUCCCAGCGGAGCCAGCAGCGGGAAGACUUUCCUCUUCACCUCUGAGUCAGUCAGAGAGGGACACUCUGAUAAAAUGUGUGACCAGAUCAGUGACGCUGUACUUGAUGCAUACCUGAGUGAAGACCCCGACUCUAAGGUGGCCUGUGAAUGCGUGGCGAAGACGGGCAUGAUUUUAUUGGUUGGAGAAGUGACAUCUAAGGCCAAAGUGGAUCUCAUGUCAGUGGUCCGAAAUACUGUUAAGAAGAUUGGUUAUGAUGACUCCUCAAAAGGUUUCGAUUAUAAGACCUGCAAUGUGCUGAUGGCAUUGGACCAGCAGUGUGCGGAGAUAUCAAACUGUGCGUUUAAGGACAGAGAUCAGGAAGACAUCGGUGCAGGAGACCAGGGUCUGAUGUUUGGAUAUGCCACAGAUGAGACUGAGGAGUGUAUGCCUUUGACAAUCCUUUUGGCUCAUAAAAUCAACCACAGGAUGAAGGAGCUGUCAUGCAACGGAGAGUGUCCUUGGAUACUACCAGACGGCAAAUCUCAGGUCACGGUGGAGUAUAAAGACAACAUGGGAGCCAUGGAGCCACUGCGUGUUCACACUGUUGUCAUCUCGGUACAUCAUAUUCCUGACAUCAGCGUGGAGGAGAUCAGGCACAAUCUGAUGGAGAAGGUGGUAAAAGUCGUCAUUCCUGCCAAAUACUUGGAUGACAAAACCAUCUACCAUCUAUUGCCAAGUGGGAAGUUUCUUCAUGGAGGCCCACAGGCUGAUGCAGGACUCACGGGGCGUAAAAUCAUAGUGGACACAUACGGAGGAUGGGGCGGGCAUGGAGGAGGGGCGUUCUCUGGGAAGGACUACUCCAAAGUGGACCGGUCCGGGGCUUACGCGGCUCGCUGGGUGGCCAAGUCUUUGGUGAAAGCCGGACUGUGCAAGAGAGCCCUUGUUCAGAUCUCCUAUGCGAUCAGUGUGAGCCAUCCGCUGUCCAUCUCAGUGUUUCACUACGGCACAUCGGACAGAGACGAAGACGAGCUGCUGGAAAUCGUACAGAAGAACUUUGACCUGAGGCCUGGAGUCAUUGUGAAGGAGCUCGGUUUGAAGCGACCAAUCUACCAAGAGACCGCCUGCUAUGGUCACUUUGGCAGAGACAAGUUUCCCUGGGAGAAACCAAAGAGUUUGGUGUUCUGAGUGUUUUUUUUUUGACUCAAAUCCAUUCCUGUGAGGUUUUAAUAAUCACUCAUAAAAUGAUCAACAAUAAUUUGAGUCACAGAAUCGACAUUUAAAUAUGUGUGUGGACCGCUUUCUGACAACAUAAAUGUCUUUUCUCACUUCUUCUCACUUCUCUCUAAUUAGCUGCAUAGGUCACAAUGUCCUUAUUUAAUUUUUUAUUGAUGUCCUUUUUUUAUAAGAGCAACUGUAAUUAUUGUUUAAUAGUAAUUACGCUGUUAAUGUUACAAAUAUGGAA